CUUCCUCAUCCACUUCUUUUCCGCAUCGCUCGCUGCCUCCGCCCCCCCUUCGCCGUUCCCCGACGAGGGCUGGCGAGCUUCCAUGGAUUAUGGCACCAAGGACUACAUCUCCGGCCACUGGUACUCCGUCCCCGAUCUCUCUCUCCGGGAUCACCGCUUCUCCGUCCCCCUUGACUACUCAUCCCUUUCCGAUCGGAUCAUCGUCUUUGCCCGGGAGGUCGUCUCAGUUGGUAAGGAAGAGAAACAAUUACCAUACUUGCUAUACUUACAAGGGGGGCCAGGAUUUGAGAGUCCUCGUCCAGCUGAAGCUUCUGGAUGGAUGAAGAGGGCGUGUGAAGAAUAUCGUGUUAUUUUGUUAGAUCAGCGUGGAACUGGUCUAUCAACCCCUUUAACAGUCUCGUCUCUUUCGCAACUUGGAUCUGCCACAAAGUUGGCUGACUACAUGAAGCACUUUCGGGCAGAUAGCAUAGUGAAUGAUGCAGAGUUUAUUCGGGUCCGUCUUGUACCAGAUGCGGAACCUUGGACAAUUUUAGGACAAAGUUACGGUGGCUUUUGUGCGGUUACCUAUUUGAGUUUUGCUCCAAAAGGUCUCAAAUCUGUUCUUUUAACUGGUGGUCUCCCUCCAAUUGGAAAUGGUUGCACUGCAGAUACAGUGUACAAAGCUUGCUUUGAGCAGGUUCUUUCUCAAAAUGAAAAGUAUUAUAAAAGAUUUCCUCAGGACAUUGCAGUUGUCUGUGAAGUGGUAAAUUACCUCGCUAAACUCGAAGGUGGAGGGGCACUCCUUCCAUCUGGAGGAAUUUUAACACCAAAGGGGUUGCAGACUCUCGGACUUGUGGCUUUAGGAUCUGGUGGUGGUUUUGAACGUUUGCAUUUCAUGUUUGAACGAGUCUGGGAUCCUAUACUAGUUCCAGGGGCGAAGAAACAGAUCAGUCACUAUUUCUUGAAAGCUUAUGAGAGCUGGAUACAAUUUGACACGAACCCAAUCUAUGCCCUACUUCACGAAGCCAUAUAUUGCCAGGGUGCUUCAUCGAGAUGGUCAGCUCAUAAAAUUAGGGGUGAACAUGAGGAUAUUUUUGAUCCAAUCCAAGCUGCAAAAGAGGCACGCCCUGUGUAUUUUACUGGUGAGAUGAUAUUCCCAUGGAUGUUUGAUGAAAUUCAUGCUCUAAGACCUUUCAAGGAAACUGCUCAUUUGUUGGCCGAGAAGCAGGAUUGGCCCCCAUUGUAUGAUGUCGAAGUACUAAAUAAUAAUAAGGUUCCAGUUGCUGCUGCUGUAUAUUAUGAGGACAUGUAUGUUAACUUCAACGUCGCAAUGGAAACAGCUUCGCAGAUUGCUGGCAUCAGGUUAUGGGUAACAAAUGAAUUUAUGCACUCGGGUCUUCGCGAUGGAGGGCCGCAAGUUUUUGAUCAACUGAUGGGAAUGCUUCAAGGGAGAAAACCUUGGUUCUGAUUUGUAAAUGAAUGUAAUUCACAUUUACAUCUGAAAAUCAUGGAUUGAUGGUUUCAAUCCUCAGUGUCCACUUGAUUUGUGCUGGUUUAGAAUAAGUUAUGUAAUAAGGCUCUAAUUUAUUAGUACAAGAGGUGGUAUGAUUUUAUGGCAUGUUCUUUUGCUGACACUUCAGGGUGUGUUUGAAUUGAUGGAAAAAUGAAGAAAAAAGAUAUGAAAAGAAAAAUUAUGAAUUUAUUAUCUUGUUUCA